AUGGAGAAGAAGCUAAACCCUACUUCUAAUAACGGUCUUAUAGGUGAUACAUGCAAAUCCUGGUCCAAUCUUCCUCUUGAUCUCUUAAAUUUGGUUUUCGAACGCCUAGGCUUUGCUGAUUUCCAACGAGCUAAAUCUGUAUGCUCGUCAUGGCUCUCCUUUUCAAGACAAUGUGUGCGUAAAAAUCACGUCCCUUGGGUGCUUCUCUUCCCCCAAAACAACCAAACCAAUUCUUGCAUGUUGUUCAACCCCGAGGAAAAAGAUAAACUCUACAAAACGAUAGAUCUUGGUUUGGAGUUUGCAAAUAGCUUGUGUCUUAAAACCUAUGGAAGUUGGCUCUUGAUGCAAAAUCUCCAACUAAAUCUUUACAUUGUGAAUCUAUUUACCCACGAGAGGAUUAAUCUACCUCCUGUGGAAUCACAGCUUGGGAUGACAAUGGUGGAGCGUGUCUUAGACAAUCAGUUUCGCAUUACAAGUAACAACGGAUAUGGGUGGAAAGGUAUGGACGUACGAUCUCCUGUGUUUUGGAUUGACGAGAAAACAAAAGAUCAUGUAGUUUUAUGGGCACUUAGUACCUUUUGUGUGGUCUAUUCUAAGACAGGAGAUAAUUCGUGGAAUCAAAUUCCCCAAAUUUCAGAUUGUCUUGACAUGGUUUACAAGGAUCACAAGCUUUACUUGUCAACUUACUCUGGAAAAAUCAAAAUCUUCGAUUUUUCUGGAGAGAUUCCACAACAGAUUGUUCCACAACACAACUGUGUUGUUACUGAGGAAAGACAUAUUCUUGUACAUCCUUUACAAACUUAUCCUGUGAGUUUUGGUGGGCUGACUGUUGACCAAAAUUAUAGUCACCGUAACAGGAGAUGUCCUCAAGGUUGA